ACUUAUUCCGUUUUAGAGAGAGAAAGUAUAGAAAGGAGAUGCAACAGACAACACAAAAUUUCACAUUACUGGUAGGGCUUAGCGGUUAAGAGUGAGUGUGUGUGUUUUAGAGAGAGAAAGUGUGUGAGUGAGUGUUAUAGAGAGAGAAAGUGUGUGUGUGUGUGUGUGUGGGUGGAAGUUUUUUAACUUUUGUAUUGGAGGUACCUGCAAUGGCUCAUCACUCUUCUGGUGCUUUCGUGUGUCUGUCACUGUGUGUAUGAGUACGUACUGAAGAUGUCCGAGUGAUUCGGAGCAUCAACGAUGGAUGUGAUGCUGUAGAGCCGCUAAAUGUGUGAUUUGUUGCAGAUCGGUUAUUAAUGGAGGUGCAAUUGAAGCAGUAACAGAGAUAGAGAAGGGACCUAAUUAGGAAUCUGCAUUUGAUUUUAGUGAUUUUAGAACAUAUUUUGAAGGUUAGGGAUCUAGAUAGCAGCAGGGAAGCAUGGGGGAGGUUGAAAAGGGGGUGAACCCUCAACUUUGGCACGCAUGUGCCGGUGGGAUGAUUCAAAUGCCGUUGCCGAAUUCGAGUGUUUACUAUUUCCCUCAGGGUCAUGCUGAACAUUCACAUAGUAAUGUAGAUUUUAGUGUUGUUCCUAGGGUUCCGGCGUACGUUCUUUGCAGGGUGAUUGAUGUUAAGUUUCAAGCAGAUUUGGAAACAGACCUGGUUUACGCUAAAAUUAGGUUGGUUCCGCUAGGAAAUGGUGAUGUGUGUUACAGUGGGGAUGUUGACGAUGGGGCUUUAGUAGGUGGAGGGUUUAAUUCUUCAGAGAAACCCUCUUCUUUUGCAAAAACGUUAACACAGUCUGAUGCCAACAAUGGUGGGGGGUUUUCUGUCCCUCGGUAUUGUGCGGAGACGAUAUUUCCUCGUUUGGAUUAUUCAGUUGAGCCCCCUGUUCAGACGGUGAUCGCUAAGGAUGUUCAUGGGGAGAUUUGGAAGUUUAGGCAUAUCUAUAGGGGAACUCCUAGAAGACAUCUUCUGACUACCGGGUGGAGUACUUUCGUGAACCACAAGAAACUAGUUGCUGGUGAUUCCAUUGUGUUUGUGAGGGCAGAGAAUGGAGAUCUUUGUGUUGGAAUUAGACGCGCUAAACGAGGGGGGAUUAGCGGCUCUGAUUCCCAAUCCGGUUGGAAUUCUUACUCCGGAAACUCUGCUUCUUUCUACGGUGGGGUCUCUUCCUUCUUGCAUGACAAUGAGAGCAACUUUAUAAGAAACAGCAGUAACAGAGAUAUCUAUUCUAACGGAUGGGGGAAAGUGAAACCUGAAGAUGUUAUCGAAGCUGCAUCCCUUGCUGCCAACGGUCAACCGUUUGACGUUGCGUAUUACCCACGUGCAAACACUCCAGAAUUUUGUGUGAAAGCUUCUUCUUUUACUGCUUCACUAAGCAGACAAUGGUGUGCUGGAAUGAGGUUCAAAAUGGCAUUUGAAACAGAGGAUUCGUCACGUAUAAGCUGGUUCAUGGGAACCGUAUCUUCUGUUGAAGUUGCUGAUCCUUUUCACUGGCCUAAUUCUCCAUGGCGGCUUCUACAGGUUAGUUGGGAUGAACCAGAUUUAUUGCAAAAUGUGAAGAGAGUAAGUCCAUGGCUAGUUGAAGUGGUGUCAAGUAUGCCACUCGUUCAUCUCUCACCGUUCUCCCCACAGAGAAAGAAGCUACGGUUACCGCAACCCCCGGAUUUUCCGCAGGCGCGAACCCCGACCCACCCGUUUUCAAGCAAUCCCCUUAGUUCUUUUUCAAGCAUUCAGGGAGCCAGGCAUGCUCGAUUUGGGAUCCCGUUUUUGGAUCUCAACCUUACCACCCACAAACUUCAGUUGGGUCGUUUUCCUUCGACUCUCAACCACCUCGAUUCACGCGCGUAUGAUGGUGAUGGCAAUGAUGAUGAUGUAUCAUGCUUGCUUACCAUGGGAACUUCUAGUCCUAAGUUGGACAAAAGUGAUGAGAAGGUAAAGAGACCGAUGUUUUUACUAUUUGGUCAGCCGAUACACAUUGACCAGCAGAUUGAUAUGAAUGUGAAUCGUACCGAUCAUGGAUUGGAUAGCGGUACCAGUCACUGCAAAGUGUUUCUGGAAUCAGAAGAUGUUGGGCGAACCGUUGACCUUUCUGUUCUCGAGUCUUAUGAACAACUUAAGGGAACACUAGCAAACUUGUUUGGAACUGAUAAUUCUAGCGAUGUGAUGUAUAAAGAUUCAGCAGGUGAUGUCAAACGAAUCGGUGAUGAACCAUUCAGUGAAUUUGUGAGAAAGGCUAGAAGGCUGACAAUUCCAUUGGAUGCAUGCAACCAUGGUGAUAUAAGAAAAUGGAAUACAGGUCUGCAAAGUGGUGAACAUGGAGUUGACUCGUCGAACCACCAGGCAGGCCAUAUGACCAUAUUUGCAUAGUAAUGUAAUGUUGCAUUGCAUUUAAUUUUUGUUAUCAACUUAGCCGUUUAUGUUAAAAACAUGUUGACAUGAUGCCUAAUAUGAUUUUCAUGUUAGAUACAUA